CUAUCGGAGGAGAAGGGGAAGCCCCCGGUAUGCUGGGAAACCAGCGCCCGCCGCCGCCUGUUUCGCCGGCGCUCCACCAAGUAUAUAACCCACCUACCCCACCCGAUCGUCUCUCAAAUCUCAGCAACACAGCAUCACAGACUCCAGCGACCAGGGAGUGAUCUCUCGAGACAGGCAAGUGCUAAGCUAAGCUCCAAGGAAGGAAGGAGGACAUGGCGGCGGCGGCGGCGGCGAAGGCAUCGUGGAUGGUGGCGAUGAGCGUGGGCGCCGUGGAGGCGCUCAAGGACCAGGCGGGCCUCUGCCGCUGGAACUACGCGCUGGGAUCCGUCCAUCGGGCCGCCAAGGCCAACGUCCCCAGCUUCGCGCAGGCCAAGAAGCUGGCCCCGGCGGCGGAGAGGAGGCAGCCGGACAAGACGGAGGAGGGCAUGAGGACGGUCAUGUACCUCAGCUGCUGCUGGGGACCUAAUUGAAUUAUGGAUGGAUAGGAUAGGUCCUCUGUUUCUACUUCCAGCAACCGAGCUUGGCUUGAGAGUUGAGACCUCGCUGGCCGGUUGCUCCUCCUGAUUGUAACAUACCAUGAUGAUGAUGAAAACUUUUGCCAUUUUAUUCGAUCGAAUAUAUGAAUGUGCAUGCUUCUGCUAUUGUGCUU